AUUUGGUGGAAAUACAUCUCAGAUUUUUUCCAUUUGAACUUAGAUCGAGGUUCUCUCUAUGUCUAUCCUUGUCUACGUUUGUUAUUUGGAUUAAUUAGUAAGAUUUACGUAAUGGAGCCCUCGAUCAGACUACGUGGAUCCUACCGAGGCGCUUUCACAAAGUUCGUUACCAAGGUACAGGAUUUUUUGACGUCGAAGGUUGAGGAUUUCGAUUUGUGUGCUGGGUUUUUGGCCCAGUUGAAAGAAAAAUAUUCUAAAAUAGAAACCAUCGACAAAGAAAUAUUAGAUAAGUUACAAAAGGAUGAGAAGUGUUCUCAACAGAUGUUGGAUGAGGAAAUUGAGGGUAUUGAGAAUUACAAUGGUACAUUCGUAGACUUGAAAACAAGACUAGAGCGCCGUUUGAAUACGUCGAAGGAGCUAGAUGAAACACGAAGUGAAAGCGAAGCCGGCUGUUCUAAGGGAAAUUUUAAGCUACCAAAGAUUGAAUUGCAAAAAUUUGAUGGCAAUUUGAAAAAUUAUCUUUCCUUUUGGGGACUAUUUAAGAAAAUACAUGAAGAUCCCAAUAUUUCGGAUUUGGAUAAAUUUCAAUAUCUUAUUCAGUCGACUCUGAAGGGCUCAAGGGCCAGGGAAGUAAUCGAAUCGUUCCCCGUAACAGCCGAGCAUUACCCUCAAGCAAUUGAGUGUUUAAAUUCGCGUUUCGGAAGAGAAGAUGUGCUCAUCGAGGUUUACGUGAGAGAACUCCUGAGUCUAGUGCUAAAUAAUGCGUUAGUGCAAGAGCACAAAUUGCCAAUUGUGAAACUUUAUGAUCGUAUCGAGACACAACUGCGAUCCCUUAAAAUGCUUGGUGUUACUACGGAUAAGUGUGCUUCAAUGCUUUAUCCUUUAGUUGAAUCUAGCUUACCGACUGAUCUCCUGAGAAUUUGGGAAAGACACCUAAAUUCGAUGCUACUCAAGUCUGGAAAAGAGAAUUUCAACAAAUUAGAAACUCUGAUGCAGUUUUUGCGUAACGAAAUUGAAAGUGAGGAGAAAAUUUCCUUAGCCACAAGUGGGUUUGGCUUUCAAAACAAAACCAAGAAGGUUGUACAAGGUAAAAUUAAGGCUACCUCUUCCUAUAACAAGACUGUGCCAACUGGAAUGGAACUUUUGACUUCUGCUCAAGAGAAACCAUUUAGGGAUCAGCAGUGUGUAUUCUGUGAGAAAUCUCAUGCUAGUGCUGAGUGCAGGAAGGCGGAAAAUUUGACUUUAGAUCAAAGGAAACAAAUCCUUAUAAAGCGAGGAGCUUGUUUUAAAUGCUUAAAACUGAAUCACAUAUCUUCUUCAUGUAGGGCAAAGUGCAGUUGUACAGUUUGUGGCAAACCGCAUCACGUUCUUCUCUGUAGGAAUAACCGAAAGGUAUCUCCCAACAACACUUCUGUUGGUGAAGGUGACGGCGCCUCCACAGUAUGUGAGCAGGCAUUGGCUAAUGUGUCAUCAACUCCACGUGUUUUGCUACAGACUUUGGUUGUGAUUCUGAGGGGAGAGGAAAGGUGUCUCAAAAUCCGUGCAAUUAUUGAUACUGCCUCUCAGAGGUCCUAUAUCUUGAAGAGCACUGCGGAAAGAGUCGGUUACCAACCAAUGAGAAAGGAAAAUCUGAAACAUUCGUUGUUUNUAGACAAUGACUCUUGUCAUUCCUUUCAAAUAAACAAGUGUCCUAACUGA